CACAUUUUGAAAAGUGGCGCUUUCACCGUUGGACAAGAUAGAAGUCUCUUAAAGAUUUCUUUCAGCAACAUCACCAUGCCUGGAGACGCUGAUCUGGAGAUUGAAGAGGCUUUCCGUCGCGCACAGAAAGCUCAUAAUAACAAGGCGAAACUUGUUGCCAGUUUGAAGACCAGAUAUAAUAAGUUGGAAGAUAAGUCCGAAUUCCAUGAUGAGUUCAUCCGAUGCCUGAAGUAUGCCAUGAUCAUUUACACCCGAGAGCCUGCAGUGGAGAAUAUCAUUGAUUUUGUCACUAAGUUUGCUGCGAGUUUCGAAACGCCUGUUAAUGAGGAGGAGGAGGAGGAGGAAGAUGACACUGAGUUUUUGAACUUUCUGUUCAACUUCCUGUUGGAGUCUCACGGUGCAAACAGCCAUGCUGUGCGGUUUCGUGUUUGUCAGCUGGCGAAUAAGUUGCUGGGCAGUCUUAGUGAGAAUGCUCAGAUCGAUGAUGAUCUAUGUGAUAGGAUCCAUGAAGCCAUGCUGGUCAGAGUAACAGACAAAUACCCUAAUGUCAGGAUUCAGGCAGCACUGGCCUUGGCCAGACUUCAGGACCCCAAUGACUCAGACUGCCCCACUAUUAAAGCUUAUAUUCUGCUUUUGGAAAAUGACUCGAACCCAGAGGUUCGACGUGCUGUGCUGUCUUGCAUCGCUCCCUCGGCUGCUACACUCUCUAAAAUCUACAAGCGCACCCGAGACGUCAAAGAGAAAGUCAGGAAACUUGCUUAUCAGGUACUGGCAGAGAAAGUGCAUAUUCGAGCUCUGAGCAUCGCUCAGAGAGUGAGUCUAUUGCAUGAAGGCCUCAGUGACACUGCAGACUCAGUGAAGGAGGUCAUCAAGACCCAUUUGCUGCCUGCUUGGCUUCGCUUGCUGCAGGGAGAUGUUUUGCAGUUGCUGCACAAACUGGAUGUAGAGAACUGUGCAGAAACUGCAGUGACUACCUUACAUGCCAUCUUUUCCAUGGCAACAAACCCUGAUGAACUCCUGCAGAAUGGUAUCAGGCUGGAUGAGAGGAAACUAAUUACUGUGGACUCCCUAACAUGUGAAAAUGUGUUGUACUGGAGAGCGUUGUGUGAGUUUGUCAAGAGUAAAGGAAAUGAGGGUGAGGAAUUACUGGAGAAGUUACUCCCUGAGGCGGCCAUCUUUGCAGAGUAUCUAUACAGUUAUCUAAAGAGCAUUACUCCGCUGUCUGAGGAGCAAAGAGCUGAUAUGACACAGCUUGAGAUGGUGAUGACCCAAGAGUUUGUUGGACAGCAGCUGAUUCUGCUAGUCGGGUGCCUUGACACUUCUGAAGAAGGUGGCAGGAAGCGCAUGGUAGCAGUGCUCAAGGAGAUCCUUGUGAUGCCCAACACACCCACGUCUCUGAUAGGUUUGCUGGUGGAGAAACUGAUUGGCAUUCUACGAGAUGACGCACAGAAAAUUCAAAUGGUUGCUGAAAUAAUCUCUGAUGUGAGAGAGCCCAUUUUUCCCAUCUCUGAACCUGUGGAUGAGAAUGAGAAACGCAGAAAGCAAGUUAGAUUAGCUGAGGUGCGAGUGCAGAUAAUGGAGGCCAAGCAGACUUUAGAAGAUUGCAUCAGCUGUCAGGACUUCAGUCGUGCAGCUGAGCUGAAAGACUCCAUCUCUCAGCUGGAAGAGCUCAAGAACCAGCUCGCCCUGGAGGCUUCACAGCCUUCUGAAAAUAUCAAGGAGCAGCGUGUGGAGAAGAGUGAUCCAGAGACUUUGUUGAAAUGUCUGACGAUGUGUGCCGGGUUGUUCAAGCAAAUGAACAUCAAGAGAGGAAUCUGCCCUACCAUGAAUGCUCUUAUAGAGUCACUGAUACUGCCAAGUGUGUCCAACCCUAACCCUGCUGUGCGCAACAUGGCUGUCAUCUGUUUGGGAACUGCUGCUCUCCAUAGUAAAGACCUCGCCAACACACACCUUGUGCUGCUCUUGCAGAUCACACAGCUAGACGAGCCUAAAAUCAGGAUCAGUGCUCUCCGAGCUCUCAUUGACCAGCUCCUGCUCAAUGGCCUUAACAUCCUGCAAGACAAGUCUGCUCCUCCUACCUCCCAGGCACCUGACUCUCCAGACAAUAACGGACAACCUGACCAACAAGUUGAAGAGGAGAGUACCGUCCAGGGCAUUCUGAGGAUGCUUUCAGAAUUCCUUGAUAGUGAGAUCUGUGAGCUCCGCACAGAGACGGCAGAGGGUCUGGCCAAGCUGAUGUACUGUGGGAGAAUCCUAAGUCCAAAGAUGCUUUCCCGUCUGGUGCUAUUGUGGUACAAUCCUGUAACGGAGGAUGACCAAAGACUACGGCAUUGCCUGGGGGUAUUCUUACAGUUAUAUGCCCGGGCCAGCAGAGCAAAUCAAGAGUGUGUGGAGGAGAGUUUUCUGCCAACCAUGAGAACUCUGUUCAAUGCUCCCGUGACCUCUCCAUUGUCUGAGGUAGACGCAUCCAACGUGGCUGAACUGUUUGUUGAACUAACACGACCCAGUGCUCUUGUGCAACCUGCUGCCGUACAGGCUGUGUCUGUGCAUGACUCCCUGGCAGUGCGUGUUUGUAAUGAGAUCUUGAGAGACGUUUCUGCUCCUGAGGUGCGUCUCUACUGUAAAACUCUCAGCUGGCUGGAGAUUAACACUGAGCCUGGACCUGCCAACAAUGAAUUGCAACUACUGUUAAAAGACAUUUUACAGGAAGUGAAAGAUAAGUACUGUACAAGGGUUAUUGAAAAGCUUCGUAACCAGCUAAAUGGGGAUCGUUCCAAAUCAGACAGUAACCAGGACACAACUUUGCUUAACUUGGAUGACAAUACUGGAGAGGUGGUGAACAAAGAUGAGACUAAACCUAAACGUGUAAAACGAGGCCAGAAAAAAGCUUCAACUGCAAAAAAUGGGAAGAAAACCAGUAAAGUGGAGUUGUCCUCUGAAAGGUUUGUUCCACAUCUUGACUUUUUUGUUGUUGUUAAUAUACAAAAUGGAAAAAAAUUACAUUUGAGAUUGUUCAAUUGUGUUUUGUUCUUAUCCUUUCUAUAGUGAUGAAGAGAACGUUCCAGAAGUGCCUCCAUCAGUGCGACCAAGUCGCCGUGCCAAGAUGGCUUCUCUGGAGAAAACCAAGCAGGAUCUGACUGCCCUCAUGAACCAGGAGGCCAAUGGUUCAUAGAGUGGAUUAGUUAUGAUGAAAGUUGACCUUAUAGCAUCCUACAGUCACUUCAGAUCUACCUGAGAAAUUACAUACUGCUAUAUAUUUUUUUUAUACUUUCUCAAGAAAUCUUGACUCCUUAGUCUAAACCUGGGUUGAUGUCAAAAUGGUCUUUGUUAGAAUGCAGCAUCUGCAGGACCUCUCAAGAGGCUGUCCUUGGGAAGGAGUCAUGUUAACAUUUAUUUCAUCUUUCUAAAGAGAGUGCCUUGGAGUUUCCUGAAUUUUUGCAACAUUUAUUUAAUUGUUUGAGGCUGUUCUCU